CAGUGCUAACUAGGAAAAUAACAGAUAGAGUGAGAGUGAGUUUCUUAUCCGUUAUCCAUGAUUUUGGCAGUGUCGGCGUUGGGAAGAUGGAGUGUCAGCAAUAGCGAAAUGUUUAUGGUUGAGGGUGGUGCCUGUAAUUUCGGAAUCGGAAUGCGAAGUGCCAGAGUGAGGAACGGCGCGAGCCGGAGUGAGGUUGCCGGAGUCGUCGGAGUGAGGUUUGAUGGACCGGUGCCCCUAAACGGCGACGUUCUGGAGAAGGAAGUGCUCUUCGAGCAGUGCGUGACGCGGACUCUAUCUCCGGCGUUGACAUUGGAGGAGGGGCUCGAGAAAUUGAAGGACGCUCUCCACACGUUGAAGUUGCAGAGGCCUCCUUCCUCUACUGGAUUCCUCCGAUUUCAGGUCGCAGUCCCUCCUGGUUCCAAGGCCUUAGCUCUCUUCUGCUCUCAACCCCUCUCCUCCUCCGUCUUCCCUCUUGCUUACCUUUCCAAGCACAAUGCCGAUCCUAAGUCGCUCUACGUCAACGGAGCCCGCGGCGUUUGUGCCAUCGGUGCCGCUGUUUCCUUUCUCCCUCCAACCUCAAACCACCGCACUUUCGUCAAUAGAUAUGUGUCAUCUGAUUCCACCAAUGUAGUGGCCUAUGGUUUUAUGGAUGUUAAUUUGGAUGAUGGUAAUGUGAGUCACCAGGAAGGAUCUUUUUGGUUUUUCAUCCCUCAGAUUGAGUUGGAUGAGCUGGAAAGUGUUUCCGUUCUGACAAUGUCCCUUGCAUGGGAUGAAUUUUCCCAGUCCACUUUUCAAGAAGCCUAUUAUUUGCUUGAAGUUUCUCUAGACCAGGUUAUGUGUCAUGUUUGGUCUACUAUCGACAGAGGGAAAUCCAAAUGCACUAGAGGUGCUCUCAGAAAACUCAAUUUGGUUGAAGAUAGAUCCAUUCCAAGGGUCUACAUGAAUACUAUUGCACAGGGAGGAAGAGAAUGUUUAAGUGACAUCACGGAACUGAGAGAGUCUCCAUCUUGCAGUCAAUUUUGUUUAAGGCUAUCAGCAACCCUUGCUCUUUCAAACAAUAUGUUGGAUCAUGCCAAUGAAUCAUCGCACUCACUGAAAGAAAGUGCCAACAUAAAUGCUGUUUGGGCAUCACUUAUUGUUGAAGAGUGCACAAGACUUGGUUUGAUGUAUUUCUGUAUUGCUCCUGGAUCUAGAUCUUCCCCUCUUGCUGUUGCUGCUGCAAGUCACAAAUUAGUCACUUGUAUUUCAUGCUUCGAUGAGCGUUCACUCGCAUUUCAUGCUGUUGGAUAUGGAAGAGGAUCUCACAUUCCAGCAGUAGUCAUAACAUCAUCAGGCACAGCAGUUUCUAACCUUCUUCCAGCUGUUGUGGAGGCAAGUCAAGAUUUUGUGCCUCUUAUUUUACUUACUGCAGAUCGACCUCCAGAGCUUUUGGAUUGUGGGGCAAACCAAGCAAUUGAUCAGGUGAACCAUUUUGGUUCUUUUGUCAGAUUUUUCUUUAAUCUCCCGGCACCCACAGAUCAAAUUCCUGCAAAGAUGGUGCUCACGACUCUUGAUUCUGCUGUACAUAGGUCAACAUCUUCACCAUGUGGUCCAGUACAUAUCAACUGCCCUUUUAGAGAGCCUUUAGAAAGCAGUCCCUGUAAAUGGUUGUCUAGCUGUUUGACAGGGCUAGAUUUCUGGAUGAGUAAUGCUGAACCAUUUACCAAGUAUAUUCAUAUGCGAUUGUCUCAUACUAGUACAAAUGCACCUGGUGAAAUGUCUGAAGUCUUGGAUCUGAUUCAAAAAUCCAAGAAUAGUCUUCUACUAUUUGGUGCAAUCCACACAGAAGAUGAGAUGUGGGCUGCUCUGCUUUUGGCUAAACACCUUCACUGGCCUGUUGUAGCAGAUAUCUUGUCAGGGUUGCGGUUGAGAACUCUUUUAAGUUCUUUUCCUGAUAUUGAAAGAAAUUUUAUAUUUGUUGAUAAUCUUGAUCAAGCUCUUCUCUCAGAUACUGUCAAGGGCUGGUUAGACGUUGAUGUGGUUAUUCAGAUAGGAAGCAGGCUAACAAGCAAACGAGUCUGCCAAAUUCUUGAGGAUCGGGCUCCUUUUUCAUAUAUUAUGGUUGACAAACAUCCUCAACGGCAUGAUCCAUCACAUAUUAUAACUCAUCGUAUACAAACUUCAAUUUUUGAAUUUGUGGGCUGCUUACUUAAGGCUUCAGUUACAAAUACUAGGAGCAUGUGGGGCAUUUCCCUACAACUGUUGAGUAAAAUGGUUGAGUGGGAGAUAAAAUUUCAAAUUAAUGCAGAAUGCUCCCUUACUGAACCUUAUGUUGCACAUGUGAUGUCAGAUGCUCUUUCCUCCGAGUCUGCCCUAUUUCUUGGUAACAGUAUGCCUAUUCGGGAUGCAAAUUUAUAUGGACGCAGUUGGUCUAUAUGCAAUCAAAGUGUUUCAUCACUAAUGUUAAACUCAGACCUACCAAUUAACUUGAUGAGGGUGGCUGCUAACAGGGGUGCUAGUGGUAUCGAUGGGUUACUUAGCACAGCCAUUGGUUUUGCUGCAGGAUGCAACAAAAAGGUGUUGUGUGUAGUUGGAGAUAUUUCUUUAUUGCAUGAUACCAAUGGCUUGGCAAUUUUGAACCAGCGGAAACUGCGGAAACCGAUGACAAUUCUUGUGGUUAAUAAUCACGGAGGAGCAAUUUUCAGUAAUCUUCCUUUGGCAGAUAAAGUUGAAACAUCCAUAAUGCAUCAAUACUUCUAUACCUCUCACAACAUUUCAAUACGUGAACUAUGCAUGGCACAUGGCAUCAAACAUUUACAUGUGACAACAAAAGAAGAACUUAAGGAAGCUUUGUGUGUAGCUCAACAUGAACAAAUGGACUGUAUGAUUGAAAUUGAGAGUUCCAUUGACGCCAAUGCCAGUUUUCACAGCAUUUUGAAGAAAUUCGCACUCCAAACAGUUCAACGCACCAUCAAUUAUCUCUCAUGGGUUUUCAAUGAAGGCUCUAUACAUGAUGAGUUUUGUUCAUACAAAAUUCGUAAAAUACAAUGUUCUAAAUAUAGAAUUGCACUUAAAGCUCCACCAACAUCAGCAUUUGUGGUUGAUAGCUGUAAGGAAUUCUACAAAGAAGGAUUUAUUCUAUCCUUAGAGCUUGAAGAUGGAAGUGUUGGUUAUGGUGAGGUUGCGCCUAUUGGCAUCCACAGGGAAAAUCUGGUAGAUGCUGAAUAUCAACUUAGGUUUCUUAUCCAUGUUAUGGAACAUGUUGAUGUUAGUUGCUUCCUCUCUCUAUUGAGGGGUUCAUUUUCACAUUGGAUAUGGCAUGAGUUGGGCAUCAUGGUAAGCUGUCUAAUCUGUUAUUUAGGCAACAGCUGGAGAUAUUGUACAAAUAAAAACCUCUAUUGGAGCUACACCUAAAAGAUUAGAUGUUUUUGUUGAUGAGUUUCUUCAGGUUGUAUCAAAUUCUUCUCUAUCAAAGCAAUUUUGUAUAAAGAGAUUCAUUAUAGAAUAAAGAUACACAAUAAAAUAUUUCAAUAUUGUGCCUUGUAAUCUUUCAGCUGCAAU